AGCCACCGCACCUGCUUGGGACAGGGCUUCUCGGGCUUCGCAGCCUGCCUCGGAGCAGGGCUUCCUCCGGCGGUAGGAGUCACUCGUAGGGCCAGGAGGACCGAAAAGAUGCAGAACCACUGACUGUAUAGCAGAUGCCUGGAAAAGACUUGGGAGUUCAUUUUUAUACUGGUGAAGAUCAAUUAUAAAUUUCUUCUGCUGAGUUGUGAAAUUCUGUUUAAUCUUCAAACUGGCGAUGUCAAGGGUGCCGAGUCCUCCUCCUCCGGCAGAAAUGUCGAGUGGACCUGUAGCAGAGAGCUGGUGCUACACUCAGAUCAAGGUGGUGAAGUUUUCCUACAUGUGGACCAUAAACAACUUCAGCUUCUGCCGAGAAGAAAUGGGUGAGGUCAUCAAAAGCUCAACCUUUUCAUCUGGAGCCAAUGAUAAACUCAAAUGGUGUUUACGUGUGAACCCUAAAGGCUUGGAUGAAGAAAGUAAAGAUUAUCUAUCCCUCUAUCUGUUGCUGGUGAGCUGUCCAAAAAGUGAAGUUCGAGCAAAGUUCAAAUUCUCCAUCCUGAAUGCUAAAGGAGAAGAAACAAAAGCAAUGGAGAGCCAGCGAGCAUAUCGAUUUGUACAAGGCAAGGACUGGGGAUUCAAAAAAUUUAUUAGAAGAGACUUUCUUUUGGAUGAGGCAAAUGGACUUCUUCCAGAUGACAAACUCACUCUCUUCUGUGAGGUGAGUGUGGUACAGGACUCUGUCAAUAUCUCCGGCCAGAACACUAUGAACAUGGUGAAGGUACCAGAGUGCCGCUUGGCAGAUGAGUUGGGAGGACUCUGGGAGAAUUCGCGCUUCACGGAUUGCUGUCUGUGCGUUGCAGGCCAGGAGUUCCAGGCUCACAAAGCCAUACUAGCAGCACGUUCCCCAGUUUUCAGCGCCAUGUUUGAGCAUGAGAUGGAAGAGAGUAAAAAGAAUCGGGUUGAAAUCAAUGAUGUGGAGCCUGAAGUUUUUAAGGAGAUGAUGUGCUUUAUUUACACGGGGAAGGCACCAAAUCUUGACAAAAUGGCUGAUGACUUGCUGGCAGCUGCUGACAAGUAUGCUCUAGAACGUCUGAAGGUGAUGUGUGAGGAUGCACUGUGCAGUAACCUGUCUGUGGAAAAUGCAGCUGAGAUCCUCAUUCUAGCUGACCUACAUAGUGCGGAUCAACUGAAAACUCAAGCAGUGGACUUCAUUAACUAUCAUGCUUCUGACGUCAUGGAGACAUCAGGCUGGAAGUCUAUGGUAGUAUCGCAUCCCCAUUUGGUGGCUGAGGCAUAUCGCUCUUUGGCCUCUGCACAAUGUCCCUUUCUGGGACCCCCACGUAAGCGACUGAAGCAAUCCUAAAGUUCUGUCUGUCACACCACCCCAUGUUUUUCUGGAAGCAGCACCAUCUGUUGCUGCUGUAACCUUGACCACCAGGUAGACAGCGAAAUCUGUGGAGCUUUUACUCUGUUGUUGGGGGGAAGAGACUGCUUCGUGACACCCAGACUUUUUAAAAACAGCACCAAGUAACUUGG